AUGGUCCGACGCUCAUUAGUACAAACCACAUAUUUACCAGAGAUAUGGCUGCUACUUGCUUGCUCCACUUUUCUGAAUCCGGUCACCGCGAGGGGGGAUCCGCUUCUGGCCGAAUCUACUGAUCAUUGGUCCAGUCUUACCCGGCGCAGCCUUUUCCCGUCGUCUGCCAGCAGCAAGCCUGCACCGACCACCGUCCAGCCUCAAGCUGCCGGCACUCCCUCCAGCAAUCCCGCAUGCGUGCAGCCACCGAUCACCAAUACCACAUGGAUCCAACUGGGAAUAGAUAACUAUCUAGCUAACUUGCCCAACGGCGCCUCUCUAAAUCUCCAGCAUUAUGCGGCUUCGGUUGGAGCUCCGGAUUUUAUCUGUGGCAUUGGAGAGAAGUGUCAGGCUGGCCAGCUGUGCAGCCCAGUCCAAGCACCUGGCUGGGAAGUACUAGUCGCAGCCCAAGAAUGGAACAACUACCAGAACAGAUUUUAUGAAGCAGUGGGUACUGCGGUUCAAAUGGUUACAUCCAUUUCCAGCUCACUUGUAUCCGACUUGUACCCUCCUAGUCACACCGGCGAGAUAUGGGAUGUAUUCAACACCUUCAAUUUAGCUGCUGGAAUUACGUCCGGCAUAGUUGGCAUGUUCUUCGCAUUCAUCGGCCUGGCCGUUGUCGCUUCAACACCUCUUUCGCUCCUUGUCUUGCCUGCCGUAGCAGUCGUCUUCGGGUACCGCUGGCGUUAUCUCGAUGAAAGAAGCUCAAAAGAGUUUUACGUCUACACCUCUUACCUUUCCGAAUGGAAAAAACACUCUCGAAAAGGCAUCACAAACGGCACCCGGAGUAUUAUUGCUUCGGGCGUCAGUUCACCUCAGGGCAUAUCGACAGUCUUGAAGAUCGGUACCUUCUUUCACGAGCGCCCCAGCUUGAAUGAAGCCGAAUUGGUCGCAAGCCUUAAAAACACUACCACAGUUCGUAUCUUGACGGAUAUCCUUAGAAGCCAGAGAGCAUUCGUCACCAUCGCAAGUGUAAGCAUCUCCCAACCGCUCUGUCAUAGGAUCCUGACGCUGAUACAUCCCUUCUACACGCAACCCUACUGCGGUAUUGAUCUUGAAAUUCCAAAGGAUAAAUGCACUGGGAAGGGCCCCGGCGGAGCUUGGAAAGUACACAACAACUUGUCCUACUGCUCGCCCAACGGAACGAUGUUUAACAUCAUUCACGCGAGCAAAAAGAAAGUGCACAACAAGUGGUGGAAUGCCGAUCUGAUCGCCAAGAAAUACGGAGUCUCAGUCCAAUACCUCACCGAACAGUCCUACUUUUGUCAACUCAACCAUGGCGCGGCUAACUUUGACCCUUACAAAUCUAGCUCGUUUCCGAAAGACUUGUCCGCCGAAUGUAUCUCGAACCUGCCGGUCUGCGAUUUCAGAAAUCCUGACCUCGCCGAAGCCAAGAAAGAGAAGAACACGAUCUACGCCUGUCGGCAUGUCGCCAAACUUCCGAUCUGA